AUGUCGGUUCAGGAAUAUGCAGUCAAUGAAUACACCGCCAAUGCGCAACCUCACUUCAACUUGCUGAGGAUAUUGGGCGGAUGGGGCAACGUCAACAUGCUCCGGAGCAUGCUAGCAGGAACAUCGACAGCCGCUGUCCUCGGACUCUCAGCCGCUAUCGUGGGAAGCAGCAUCUGGGGCACCGCCGCCCUGCCCUUCAUUGUCGGUUCUUCAUUAGGAUUCGUACUCGGAAGCACGAGAUGGUACAUUGUUGCCGUGAAAGAAUCCCUGCUGCAGCUGGACAACUACCCCGCCAUCUUGCGCCUCCACCUGAUCGCCAACUUCCCCUGGAAACCGGAGCUCGGACGGCAUAACCUUGAUUGGUACAAUGCCAGACGAUUCAGCUCGACGUGGCAGAUGAAGAGCAUGCUUGUGGCUAGUUGGCUGACUGCUCAGCCGGCGCUGGACGAGAUUCGGAGUCGGACUGAGGCUGCGUUGGUGGAUAAUUAUCUCAGGCAAGGGGGAUUCGAAGGAGAGGAUCAGGCUGCCACGCCGCAGGAAAGUCGAUGA